AUGUCUCAGUUAGAAGAGAUUACAGGAACUCCAAUCAUCAAAGGUUCACAAACGAUGCAGAUACAAGGAAAGUACAAAGGAAAACUUCUCUGCUUCAAAGACUCUUAUGCAAUCAUCUCAACUAAGUUGGAAAGAUUCCCUGAAAUGUUUCACCUCACUAGUGGUGAAAAAGAAGUUUUCCCAUAUAAUUACUACACGGAAGAGUUAGUUAAUACAACUAAAGUUGGUAACAUCGAUGAUGCCAUGAAUCAUGUCAAAGAUAUUGAAGCUUUUAAUGAGAACAUUGAGAAGAUUGAAGAUUGCAAGAUUGAUGAUGAACACUUUGACAUGGAAGUUUAUUCGUCAUUCUAUUGCGGUCAAGAUGUACGCAUUUUACGAGAUGGCUUUCUUAAGUUCCGCAAUGACCUCAUGACUGAGUUUGAAAUAGAUGCUUAUGAUUAUGUUUCAAUAAGUUCUAUCUCAAACAAACUCUUUGAGAAGAGAGUAUAUUGGAAGAACGGUAAUCUCUUUGAUCUUGCAGGAAAACCUCGUGAAUAUAUUUCCAAGUGUAUUCAAGGAGGAAGAUGCAUGCUAGCUGAGAACAAGAAGCAAUACAAUGAAGGAGAACUCAUCACUGACUUCGAUGCUGUAUCAUUGUAUCCAUCAGCAAUUGCUAGACUUUACUGUUUAGAAGGAAUUCCAAAAGUUAUGACAGAAGAGAUGAAGAGCAGUGAAUACUUGUUGGAGCAUCUCUUUGAUGAUGACCAAGCUGAACCAACAAAGGAAAAGUUCAUCUCAGGAUUUUACUGUCAGAUCGAGAUCUUGUCGAUCGGUAAGAACUCAGCAUUCCCAUUGAUUGUCGUCAAUCCUGACAUCAACCCUGACUUACAUGUUGCCAGAAGUUCCAAUACAUGCUGCAAGAUGUUCGUAGACCACAUUACGCUUCAAGAUCUGAUCAAGUUCCAAGAGAUCUCAUGCAAAGUCAUUGAUGGAUACUAUUAUGAUGGAAAAAGGGACAUGA